AUGUUAUUUCCACAGAGCCUGGUGUCAUUGGUGACACUAUCGUCUCUCGCCAGUGCUUCCUACUUCUAUACGCCUGAGUGGUAUUGCACCUUAGACAAGAACUGUACACCCAACAAGCGCAAUAUAGAGUCGAGCAGCAAUGAGGCCGGUAUAAGUAUGAGAGUCGUUCGAGUCCCUCAGUCCAAUACAGUCCAAGAUGCUCGAUCCGCUGCCAAUCGAUUGGUAAGAAAAUAUCAAGAUCGAUCAGGGAAGAGAGCGAACACAUACAAGGUGGUCUCAGCAGCAACACCCUCAGCGACGAAUGCGAUUGGCGUCGAUCAAGAUGGAACCGAUUAUUCUUACUUUGUCAAAGUUGGAGUUGGGUCUGCAAAUCAACCUCUGUAUAUGUUGCUUGAUACCGGAGCGGGCACAACAUGGCUGAUGGGCCCAUCCUGCUCGACCGACUCGUGCAAGUCUCAUAAUACCUUCGACACGUCAAAGUCAACCACGUUCAAAGAUCUAGGCGUCAAUUUUAGCAUCAACUAUGGAUCAGGGAAUGUUAGCGGUGCCACCGGACAGGAUACGCUAUCGAUGGCAGGAUUCAAGGUCACCACAACCGUUGGUGUUGCACAGUAUGCUAGCGAUGACUUCAACCACUUCCCAAUGGAUGGCAUCCUCGGGUUGUCUCUCGCGAAGGGAGACAGCCCUCAUUUUUGGGAAUCUAUGGCUGCGUCGAAAGCACUCAAGUCAAACAUAUUCGGUCUGGACAUCAAUCGAAACUCCGACGGAGCUAAUGAUGGUCUCAUUACUUUCGGAGCUGUAGACACAACUCGUUUCACGGGAGACAUCAAAUAUUAUCCCGUUGCCGAUAAUCCCGAGGGUGACUGGGCUGUGGCUAUUGGAGAUAUUGGAUUCGGGACAUCAAAAUCUGGAAUAAAAGGUCGUCUCGCAUAUAUUGAUUCCGGAACCUCGUUCAUUUUUGGUCCACCCGAAGAUGUGAAGAAAUUUCACGCACUUAUCCCUGGGGCUGCCACUACUGAUGGGUCAACGUAUACCGUCCCAUGUGACACAACAGCUCCAGCAUCCUUCACAUUCGGAUCCGAAACAUAUAAUAUUUCACCAAAAGAUUGGGUGUCUCCCAAGGUUAACGGGGCCUGCACAAGCAAUUUCUACGGAGUGGCCGUUGUGAGCGAAACAUCAUGGCUCGUUGGCGAUGUCUUUUUGAAGAAUGUCUAUGCCGUUUUUGAUUACGACAAAACAAGACUCGGUUUCGCGGCAAAUGUAGCAAGUCCUGUCACGACAGCUUCCUCUUCCUCUUCGGCGUCGUCCCCAUCUUCAAGUGGUCAGUUAACCCCAACUAGUUCGACUACAUCUUCCGCGGCUAUGGUCUCGAGUUCUCUGGUAUCUAGCUCUACCACUGGACCCAUAUCAGGAUCAUCCACUACAUCAUCAACUACAGAAACACAAUCUAAUGUUGAUUCCACAGGGUCGUCCAGUUCUGCAGCUGUAUCCACGGGUUCCACGACAUCUUCCGCGGGCCCUGCUACUACCUCGCAUGUCUCCCCAGGAUUGAAUGGACACGAAACUCCAGCUUCAAGCACCGGAUCGGCAGCAUCCGUAGUAGCAUCACCAACUUCCGCAGCUCCAGCCUCAACAAGUACUGGAACCUCUUCCGACUCCAGCUCAUUUCGACCAACCUCCUCCUCCAACAUAUUGCUAGCAAUCAGUGCCACUAUUGCCUUCCUCUUCCUUUGA